AUGCACAGCUCGGAAUCUGGCCAGCAAACUCACGCAAUUCACAAGCAUUCCAACAAAUUUCACGUCAUCAGCAGUGGGAUUGGCGCUUGGAAUUAUACUUCAGUUGCUGAGGCGAUGCAGUUUAUACCGGAAAGCUUCAGCUUAAAAAAACCCUCAGAUCCGGGAUGGUUCAUCGUCGCAGGGACACGCGAGGAGCAGAGCCAGCUGGCCAUCCGGUAUCACGUCAUAAAUCCUGGCGCCGUCAUUAUUCACUGCCAAGUCCAGCGCCAGUUUAGUGGGGGAAUUGCAAUGCCCAUUUUAGAUGGAGUGGAUGCCUGGCCAGUUACCCCACUAGAAUACGAGCUUAAAAAAAUCAUAAGCGAGUCCAGGACUCGAAGGAACAGCGCGCAAAAGGUUGACACACAAUAUAAGUGCAUAGUCCUGGCGUUGGUGAAUCUGAUGUUCCGCCAUGCUGCGUCUCAUUCUAAUGUUGUUAAUUAUCUUGAAUCCUUUGAAUUACAUAUACAAGAAUGUUUCCCGAACCAUCUUGUUCAACUGAAGAAUCAUUGA